CAUACUUCCGCCAGCAACGGUUUGUACGCUGCACAUCUCGGAGCAUAUACUUACUCGAUAACACGGAAUAAAAAAAGAAACGAAAAAGAAGCAGUACCUUUUGGAGGAGCCUCGGAUUUCGGAGCAGAAAUGUUGGUGAACAUCGCCGUCUUCGGUCUCUGUGCGUUGGCGACAGUGUCGUCUGCUGCAGAAGCAGACGACAAAGCGAAGCAGGAAUCUCCGACGGAGCAUCCCCGUGUCAAGAAACCCUUCAACCUUGGAAUUAAUAUUCCACACAUCUUCAAUAUGAAGUUGCUGACUGGAAGUGAAGGUACCGGGUUGGGCAUCGAUAUUCCCGCCAUCUUCAAACUGAGGCUGGGAAGCCAACACGGGACAGCAGCAGGUCUUCAAGGAUCGAAGCCCGGCGCAGGUCUUCUCAUCAACUUGUUCGGCAGCGACAUCGUAAACAGCAGGCGUCCACCCGGCUACCUCCGUCCAGAAGCUGACUACGACACGGACUUGAGGGAAGCCAAGAAGAACUGAAGAAGCCUAAGAUGCAACGGAGUCCCUGCCUCGCUGUUAGAGUACUAUAGGUUGACAGGUUCCUGUAAUUUUUCCGUCCAUUUUAACAUGGAAUUAUUAUCGUUUUAUUUCCAGACAUUGUAAGAUAUAUGCACGUUUGGUCCAGAUUAAAAUUUAUCGCAAGGCGA